UGAAGGAGGUCAAUGUGUCCUUCCACACGUGCUGCUGCAGCCACUCCAGCGGGCUCUCGCUGACUCCUCUGCCGGUAAACUAACUCCUCCGCUCAGCUAAAGCCUCUCUUUCCCCUCACAGCCAUGCUGAAGUCCGUGGUCCGCGCGGUGGGAGCCGCUGUCCGCCUCUGCCCGGCUUCCGCGAGCACAGCGCGGGCGCUGCCGCUCAGCUGCCCGGCUCUGUGCGCCCCCGGUUCGGCCACGACGCGGCCCUUCACCCGCUCUCUGUGGAUGCUGAGCAACAGCGGAGCCUCGUCCGGAUUCAGACCCAAACUGUUCAGCUCCAAAGUGCUGAGUCCGGCGGUGUCGUGCGGAUGUGGAGGACUGCACACAGAAGGUGACAAAGCGUUUGGGGAUUUUCUGACUGAUGAAAUCAAAGAAGAGAGAAAGAUCCAGAAAAGCAAAACCCUUCCCAAGAUGUCGGGAGGAUGGGAGCUGGAGAUGAACGGCACGGAGGCGAAGCUCACGAGGAGCGUGUCCGGAGAGAAGAUCUCAGUCACAUUCAACGUUAACAACAGUAUUCCUCCUAACUUUGAGGAAGAGGCAGAGCAGGGACAGCAGAAACCAGCAGAGGAUGAGCCAGAAAUGAUUUCGACACCAAACUUUGUGGUGGAAGUAACAAAACAGGCUGCAAAGCAUUCGCUGGUGUUUGACUGCCAUUUCCCUGAAGAUGAGGUCAGCCACGGUGAGGGAGAAGAGGAGAGCGACAUCUUUGCCAUCCGAGAGGUCAGCUUCCAGCCGGAGGGAGACGCAGACUGGAAGGAGACCAGCUACACACUCAACACAGACUCUCUGGACUGGGCGCUGUACGACCACCUCAUGGACUUCCUGGCCGACCGCGGCGUGGACAACACCUUCGCCGACGAGCUGAUGGAGCUGAGCACGGCCAUCGAGCAUCAGGAGUACAUCCGCUUCCUGGAAGACCUCCAGGGCUUCGUCAAAUGUCAUUAAUGUCGGCAGAUCAUUGUGGCUUCUCUUCACCGGCGGGAGGCUUGGGGGAGAAACUGCGUGGCGGUCAGACGAAAGCACUUUUCGAUCGAAAUCCACGCCCCAAAGACAUGGACGAUGACGAGCUUCAGCGUGUGUGACGGCUGCCUCGUCACUCCUCCGUGUUCUGUUCAAAUGUAAGUUUAUAUUUCUGUAACUUAACCAGAUGGAAUAAAUGUAUUAUGUAAAGCUCACAGAGGAGGCAGCAGGCGACGACGGCACCAGGAAGUAGAAAUUACGCUUCACAAACUUAGCUCUUUGUCAGUUUGAAAUCAUUCAAUCUUACUGCCGACCUGCUUUCUGUCUUUCUUUGGCUAAUCUGUAACUCAAGUCCAGGUUUGCUUGUCCUGUCUGUGUGUUCGGAGGAUUGAAGGUCAAUUAAACAGUUUGAUAUC